CAAGAUGGCGGCCAGCAGGAGGCUGAUGAAGGAGCUUGAAGAGAUCCGCAAAUGUGGAAUGAAAAACUUCCGUAACAUCCAGGUUGAUGAAGCUAAUUUAUUGACUUGGCAAGGGCUUAUUGUUCCUGACAACCCUCCAUAUGACAAGGGGGCCUUCAGAAUUGAAAUCAACUUUCCAGCAGAGUAUCCAUUCAAACCACCCAAGAUGACAUUUAAAACCAAGAUCUACCACCCUAACAUUGAUGAGAAGGGGCAGGUCUGUCUGCCGGUAAUUAGUGCUGAAAACUGGAAGCCAGCCACCAAAACCGACCAAGUAAUCCAGUCCCUCAUAGCACUGGUGAACGACCCCCAGCCUGAGCACCCACUCCGGGCUGACCUAGCUGAAGAAUACUCUAAGGACCAUAAAAAAUUCUGUAAGAAUGCUGAAGAGUUUACAAAGAAAUACGGGGAAAAGCGACCUGUGGACUAAAAUCUGCCAUGAGUGAUUCCAGCAAGUUUGAGCAGAGCCCCCAAGCAGUGCAUUCAGAUACCCCGCAAAGCAGGACUCUGUGGAAAAUUGACACGUGCCACUACCUGGUGUCCGCUUGUGGCAGUUACUAACUUUCUACAGUUUUCUUAAUCAAAAGUGGUCUAGGUAACCUGUAAAGAUGGAUUAAAAAAUUCAGAUGUUCUAGUUCUGCUUGCUUUGUUUUAAAAAUCACUGCUUUAGUCUACUUCGAAAGAAUGCCAUUUCUUUUCCUGCCCAGACUCAAAGUUACAGUUAGCCCAGAAGGUUUAAAAAAAAAAAGUUGUGAUUCCCUCUCCCCAUCGCCUUCUUUUUCAAUCCCACUUCCACAGACUAAGGCCCCAGCUCCCCACAGAAGCAGCAGCCCUUCUCCUGUGCCACACUGCCUGUGGGUGAUAGCUCAAGUCCCUAAUGCCGUCUUAGUAAUGUACUUACAAAAGAUUAUAAAACAGUAUCACCCCCCCCC